AAAUAAAUGUCAAAAGUUUAAUGUCACCGGCGAAUGUGUGUUAGGAAGAGUAUCCAUUGUAUUAUGUAUGUAGUUUCUAAAGAUGAGUUAUAGAGUAAAAUAAAAUUCUCUAGGGAAAGAUGGCUCAGAAAUUUUCUUUAUUCCCCGAAAACGAAAAUGAUUUGUUCUUUUUUGAGUCCGACCAAUUAGCUUUGAGAGGAAAUAAGGAUUACUGUGAGGUUCUGAAAUCUCUUGUUGUGCUAUCAGCCCAAAGAGAGAAAUUAAUAAAGGAUUACAAAAAGGUUAUAGAAAUAAAAAAGCAAGUUUUGCAAAAUCCAGUGGGAUUUGUGGAGAAAAUCGCAAACAAGGAAGAUCUGGGUCUGGAAUUGCCAGACACAGUUGAAUUAGCAAAGUUACCUGUAGUAAACUUUGACAAAUAUGAAGUCACCGUUCCCCAGUCUGAACUGAGAUUGAUUUAUUCAGAAAACAGCCAAGAAACGAAUGUUGAAGAAGAUUUGAAGAGGGAAAGACGUGACUCGAGGGCUUGGUCUAUCGAAGAGCAAAAGAGACUUGAGGAGUUAUUGCGUUUAUAUCCUCCCGAACCAAUCGAGAGGAAGAGAUACCAGAAGAUUGCAAAAGCACUGGGUAAUAGAACUCUGAAGCAAGUUACAAGUAGAGUCCAGAAAUAUUUUCUAAAACUGUACAAAGCUGGAUUACCCAUUCCAGGAAGGAUACCGAAAUGUGUGGAAAAACAUAAUAGAAAGGUUAUGCACAAACAUCAACGUUUGAACCACUUCCUGUGGAAACCCUCAACUUUUUUCCCGGAAUUCAACACCCCGGUAGUGAUGGACGAUUUGGAAAGUACCCCUGGCCCCAGCAUGUCUGAACCGCCACCUCCGCCUUGCUCUUCCAAUUACCUCUUGGAAAGCGAGUAUCUCCAAAGCUCUUCGAUCCAGGACAAAAGUGACGAGGAAUCGCAGCUUCAGCUCAUAAAUCGGGUGAAAGAAGAAAAAUUGAGGGAGAGAGAAGACCCCAAUGCCCCCUUCCGGCACCUGCUGUUCACGUGUGACUUCUGCAACGCUAGGCCUAUCGUGGGGGCCCGCUGGCACUGUACGACGUGUAAGGAGUCUAAGGACUACUGCACUGACUGCAUCCUGUCUCAGAUGCUUUCUGAGAAGCGGCAUCCGCUUAGUCACGUGUUUGCAGUGGUGCGUAAUGAUGCAGAGGGGUACAGCUUGCCUCAGAGCGAUUCCGAGUCAUAUUCAGGAAGCGGCGUUACCAGCAAACGGUUCGAGAGUGACUCCAGUGGUAGCGAAGAGUCUGAUGAGGAGGAUGGCUCCAAUUCUGAGAAUCCUAUCAAAGCCGAAACUGAAAAUAGCAUGGACACGGACAUGGGGCAGGACUAUAAUUUUGAUGACGAUAAUAACUAUAAUUGAUGAACAUAAAUUGUUUUUUUUUGGUAGCGAA